AAACCUUCGUUUCUUGGCAAUGCACAUCGCAUAAAUACCAUCGAAUGUCUUACUAUAGAAAUCUCUAAACCAAAUUCUAAAUCAUUUCUCGUUAGUACUUGGUAUAGACCCGAAUCACCUGUCUCCGUAUUUGACACCUUUGAAAAUGUUAUUGCCAAAGUAGAUGCAGAGUACAAGGAGAUAUACCUCUUAGGUGAUACAAAUUGCAAUUUCUUACCAGGUGCAAAUGACCCAAAUGCCAAGCAUUUGAGGGAUAUACUAGAAUUAUAUGGGUUAGCUCAGCUUAUCACGAAACCAACCAGAAUCACAGCUUCAUCCAGGUCACUUAUAGACCACUGCAUAACCAACUGCGUAGACAAAAUAAAGCAUUCUGGUGUAAUCCAUCUAGGCAUUAGCGACCAUUCUCUUGUUUUCAUGAUUCGUAAAUCCAAUAGUUUUCGCAAUGGCGGACACAAAACUAUUAAAACCAGAGAAUGGAAACUAAGAACUGGGUGUGUCAUGGUGAGAACCCGAAUGCGCAAUGGGAAGGCUGGAAGGCAAAUCUCAUGGACACCAUUGACAAGCACGCACCAAUUAGGAACAAACGAGUCAGAGCCAAGAAAUCCCCUUGGAUUGACUAUGAUCUUGUGCGCAAAAUGCGAAAGCGAGACCUUCUAAAGCGCCAGCAUGCCAUGACAAAUGACCCAGAUCUUUGGCUCGAAUACAAAAAAUCUAGAAAUGAUGUAAACAAUUGUAUCAAGAUUGCAAAACGCAAA